AUGUUGCCCAGGCAAGCAAGCGUUGUUUGCGCCCUUCCCUUUGCACUUAUAGAUUCUCAGAUACAACAGAUCCUCCAACGAACAGGUUCUGUCAACCUCUUCCGCUUUGUCAUAAACCCAAAAGACUUCGCACAAUCUGUCGAAAACCUUUUCUGCCUUUCGUUCUUGUUUAGGGACGGGUUGUGCGCCUUGUGGGUGGAUAGCAGAGGGGAGCCCGUCAUCCAGAGUUGUAGUUCCACACCAUCACACCGCCUAGCUUCAGGAGUGGUGCGUCACCAGCUCAUCAUGGAAUUUGACAUGGCCACUUGGAGGAAGGCUAUCGAUGUGUUCAACAUUACUGAGGCAAUGAUCCCACACAGAGUAGUGGCCAAGAACACAAUAUCCGCCAGUACUGUAGUAAAUUGA